AUGCCCGACGCAGAGGCAUGGGGAGUAGCCAGAACCCUUGGCGUGGUUAAAAAUGGGCUUGUCCCCGUUCGCGUCUGCAACCCCCACCCUUACCCAGUUUUGAUAGGGCGCUAUCAAAACCUGGGCAAGUUAUACCAGGUGGAGGAGGCUGACGUCCAGGGAGCCCGUGACCUGAGCCUGACCAUGGGUCCAGAUGGUGUUGUGGAAGUUGGCAUGGUGGACACCCGGAGCCCAGAGAGAAACCCAAACGAGGAGGUGAGCAAACUCAUUGAUUCAACAUGCUUAACGCCACAACAGCAGUCCGAGCUCCGCUCACUCCUGGAGAAGUGGAUGAAGGUUUUUGCGUCAGAUGAGGAUUUCGGGAGGACUGACCUGGUCCAACAUCGCAUCCAUACUGGAGAAGCCCCAUGUUGUCUUGGAGUUAUUGGGAGAUACUCAGUUGGGCUCUGCCUCCUCUGCACCAUCGACCCGGUCUGCUUCUCCAGCUCCAUCCUCAAACAAUCCUCCCUCUUCACCAACCCCGUCCUCUUCAUCCUCUCGCCAUAA